UGUUUCGUCCCCAAGUAUUCUUGCGUGAAGCUCACUUUUUUAUCCACCAUCAAAAACCCAAGACAAAUCAAAAGGAAUUUUCACCCACCAUUUUUGUUUUCUGGCUUUUCUUCGUAUAAAAGUAUGGUGGUCGUUUCUGUUUCUGAAGCUAGUUCAAACUACUCAUCGUUUUUUCCCUCUGCUUUCCGAUGCAUUCAGUUUACAGUUCUUCCUCUGCAAUCGUUUCACUGAAGGGUACAGGUAUUUCGGAUUAUUCGAACCCGGUUUCGGGUUCUAGAACUUGGUCCAAGAGUUUUUCGGGUUCGGGUCAGAAAGUCGGGUGCUUUUCUCGUUCCCAGAUGGAGAGCAUGGGUAAUAAGGUGGUGGUCGGCACCGGUGGUUAUGUUCUCGAAGAUGUUCCUCAUUUCUCGGAUUACAUUCCUCAUCUGCCGACCUACCCAAAUCCAUUGCAAGACAAUCCUGCAUACUCAGUUGUCAAGCAGUACUUUGUUAAUGUGGAUGACACUGUUGCACAAAAGAUCGUUGUUCACAACAAUAGUCCAAGGGGCACACAUUUCCGGCGGGCAGGACCGCGUCAAAGAGUGUAUUUCGAGUCGGAUGAUGUUCAUGCCUGUAUUGUGACAUGUGGGGGUCUAUGCCCUGGACUCAACACGGUGAUUAGGGAGAUAGUAUGUGGCUUGCACCAUAUGUAUGGUGUCAAGAAAGUUCUCGGAAUUGAUGGAGGAUACCGGGGUUUUUAUUCACGUAAUACGAUUCCUUUGACUCCUAAGAGUGUGAACGACAUCCAUAAACGCGGUGGAACAAUCCUUGGGACGUCUCGUGGCGGCCACAAUACCAAAAAGAUCGUUGACAGCAUUCAAGAUCGUGGAAUCAAUCAGGUUUACAUAAUUGGAGGAGAUGGAACCCAAAAGGGUGCAUCUGUGAUAUACGAGGAAAUUAAGCGACGAGGUCUCAAAGUAGCAGUAGCCGGAAUCCCCAAAACCAUCGAUAAUGACAUUGCGGUUAUCGAUAGGUCCUUUGGCUUUGACACUGCCGUUGAGGAGGCUCAACGUGCAAUUAAUGCAGCGCAUGUCGAAUCUGAAAGCAUUGAGAAUGGCAUUGGUGUUGUAAAGCUGAUGGGUCGCUACAGCGGGUUUAUCGCUAUGUAUGCAACGCUUGCAAGCCGGGAUGUAGACUGCUGCUUAAUUCCUGAAUCACCCUUUUACCUAGAAGGCCCGGGUGGACUUUUUGAGUACAUAGAGAAACGACUCAUAGAAAACGGGCACAUGGUCAUAGUCAUGGCCGAAGGUGCUGGCCAGGAGCUUCUUUCUGAGAGCAUUCAUUCCAUGACCAAACAGGACGCUUCAGGAAACAAGCUUCUCCAAGAUGUUGGACUAUGGAUUUCCCAGAAGAUCAAGGAUCAUUUUAAGAAGGGGAACAAAAUGAGCAUAAACCUCAAAUAUAUAGACCCUACGUAUAUGAUCCGAGCGGUUCCAAGCAAUGCAUCUGAUAACGUGUACUGCACGCUCCUUGCUCAAAGCGCCGUCCAUGGAGCAAUGGCAGGUUAUACAGGAUUUACAGUUGGGCCUGUCAAUGGGAGACAUUCUUAUAUACCCUUUCAUAGAAUCAUUGAGCAGCAGAACAAGGUUGUGAUAACUGACAGAAUGUGGGCACGGCUCCUAUCUUCGACAAACCAGCCGAGCUUCUUGAGCACUAAAGAUGUCAUCGAGGACAAGAAGGAAGAACCACCAACCCAGUUGCUGGAUCACGAAAAUGGUUUGGAGGACAACUUGUUGAACAAGAAAAUCAGCUCUGCUUGUAAUUGAGAUCACGACUGUAAUGCUUCUUAGUUUUAGUUUCAUGUAUUCGAAAGAGAGAGCGAGAGUCGAAGUCUUAUCUUUGUAGGCGUUCAGGGAUGUAAGGCAUCACAUAUCUGUAAGAAAUGUUGUUUUCUUCAUCAAAAAUUUGUACGGACGUUUGUUUCCAGAAUAAUGACAGUAAUAAGAUGAUUUGAUUGUAUAUUGUAAA